CUACAUUGCAACGGAAUAGGGACCCUAGAAGCUUUUCUUCCACGUACGUCAAGCUUUUGAUAAGAGCAGUAUUAUUUAAGAGUUAACCCAACAGAGAAUCAAAGCAAUCAGAUCGAAGAUCAUGGCCUCCUCCAGAGUUUCUUUAGAAUAUUCAAACAUCAUAAUCUUCUUCUUGUUACUUAUUGUAACCACUGGUCCUCUAGCGGCCAUAGCAGAAGGUAGAAUUCCAGCAGUUUACAUGUACGGCGACUCGAUUCUUGACACCGGCAACAAUGACUACAUCGUAACUGUGUUCAAGUCCAACUUCCCACCGUACGGGAAGAAUUUCCCAGGAAGAAAGCCCACCGGCCGAUUCACAGACGGGAAACUCAUUUCAGACUUCAUAGUUCAAAGUUUAGGAAUCAAAGAAACUUUACCGCCUUAUCUUGAUCCGGAUCUCGGCGUGGAUGAUCUGAUAACAGGAGUGAAUUUUGCUUCUGGUGGUAGUGGAUACGAUCCAUUGUCAGCAAAGACAUUCGCCGUUCUUUCGAUGCCGGCUCAACUCAAUCUCUUCAAACAAUACAAGGGAAAGCUGAAAACCCUAGUCGGAGAGCGGAAAGCAAACGACAUCGUAGAGCGCAGCCUCCACGUAAUAUCAGCCGGAAACGACGACGUAGGAUUGACCUAUUUCCUCACCGGAAGACAACUCGACCUACCUUCCUACGCCGCCUUCCUCGUAACCCAGGCCACCGCGAACCUCAGACAACUAUACACGCUGGGAGCUCGCAAGAUCGCCGUCUUUAGCACGACGGUGACCGGAUGCGUCCCUUUCUCGAGAACUUUCUUCGGCGGGAUCAAAAGACAAUGUUCCGACGUCUCCAACGAGUUGGCGAUGAUGUUCAACGACAAGCUUAGCGAUGCAGUUGAAGCCCUGAACGACGACGUUCGUCUUCCUGACUUGAACAUCGUGUUUGUGGACGUGUACAGGCCCUUGUUGAAAAUCAUUAGGCGUCCUGAAAAUUAUGGGUUUGAUACAUCGACGGAAGGGUGCUGUGGGACAGGUGCUUUCGAGUUUGCGUUUCUUUGCAACCCAUUGACGCCUUUUACUUGUACCAAUACUUCAAAGUACUUGUAUUUUGAUGGUGCUCAUCCCACGGAGAAGGCGUAUAAGAUCGUAUUUUCGGAAAUCUGGGAUUCUAUAAUCGAGGUAUUAUGAAAUCGAUUGUAUAUAUAUAACCUGUUAUCGGUGAAUUGACUGUAAUGAUUUUUAUGGUGAUUCCUCCGCCAGUCUGCCGAUUGCUGCUUUUAUUUUCAGUCUUCUGAUUAAGAAAAUAUUUACAAACUUGUUGAGUCAUCAUUUAGAUUGCUUCAGUUGAGUGGUGCACUAGAUCCUAACAGUUCUUUCGGGUCAUUUGGUGAAGAAAAUAUUUACAAACCUGCUCAAGAAUUUAGCCUCGAGACUUUGAAGACUAUGAGAUGCAUUCUUUAAAAAAUGAGCCAUGAUAUUAUGCCGCUCAUGUGGUUUCUAGUUGAUAAUAUUAAGUUUCUUCCCUUGCCAAAUUACCAGAGAAGCUGGCGGAAAUAGGGAUGGACACACAAUACAAAUUGAUUUGUUGGUUAAUUCGUCUAGUGUUAACCUUACCCAUUGUUAGUGUGUGGUAUAAUAUCCAUUAUGGAACCUCUCCCAACAACUCGAGUUAUUGGGAUCAACUGAUUUUUGAUAUGGUAUCAGACCCUUCUGUGACCGAGAGGUCUUGUGUUCGAAUCCCGGUGACCCCCAUUUGUGAAGCACAUGGUAUUCUUGUGUUUAGACAUGUGCAAACUUCAAGCCAUUGUGAGUGGUUUUCGUUUUAGGGGGCGUGUUAGGGUGUGGUAUAAGAUCCAUUAUGGAACCUCUCUCAACAACUCGAGUUAUUGGGAUCAACUGGUUCUUGAUACCCAUUUCAACGACUAUCAUGGCGAUUGGAGAGAACAUUUUCAGCAAUGAAACAUGUGAAAACUAAUAUGCGCAACAAAAUAAGCAAUGAAUUUCUCAUUGAUUAUUUAGCUAUUGUCUUUGAGUGAGAGUAUGCUAAUGGUAUUGAUGGAGAUUCUAUUAUUGAUGGAUUUGCCAAAUUAAAAGACCUUCUAAUAAAAUUGUCAUUCUAAU